AUUGAUAAGUACCUCUGUACCCGUCUAUCUUCCGCCUACCAGCCGAGCGAGCAGAGAGUAAAUCGCUCUUUGGGUUUCCCCACACAAAAACCACUUCUGGCUUUCAACGCUGACAGAGUCGACGCUGAUCUCAGAGUCUUCUCCCCCCUUCUUAGAUAACCCUGUAACCGGUUUUCCAAAUGAGUGACGGAGAGUGUGACUUCUUCUGCUUCUUCCGCUGCUGCUGAGCGCUCUGUAAGCGCCACUGACACACAGGAAGGCCGUGCGUCUCCCAACAGCGAACCAAGAAGGUUUAAAGGGGAAGCAGAGUGACGAAGGGAGGCAGAGUUUAAAUCGAGACAUUACAGCCAAUCGGACCAUUAGGAUCGGACAGGUAGGCGGGGCGUCUACCUGUCCGGGUGUUUAAAUAAUCGACUGGAUGUCUGUGGACAUGAACAGCCAGGCGUCGGACAGCAAUGAGGAAGACUUUGGGGUGAACUCUGAGGAGGAGGAGGAUGAUGAUGAUGGAGGAGAAGAGGAGGAUCAAGGCGACAUCGUAGGCUACUACGACGGUGUGGCCAGUGAUGUGGAACAACAGGGCGCUGACUCUUUUGACCCAGAAGAGUACCUGUUCACAUGCCUGACCUACAAAGAGAGUCAGCGGGUGCUGACGGAGGAGGUUAACACUGUGGCUGUUGCACUGAAGGUUUUACCUGCAGUAGCAAAACUGAUCCUGGUGCAUUUGCACUGGCACGUUUCACAAAUACUGGACAGAUAUAAGUCCAACUCGUCACUGCUGUUGUCAGACGCUCUCGUUCAGCCCAGCAGCACCUGCAGAACAGUCACUGCCCCUCAGUCCCUCCAGUGUGGUGUGUGUCUACAGGUCGUAAGAAGAGACUCGCUGCUGGCACUGCCCUGCCAGCACUCCUUCUGCAAAGCAUGCUGGGAGCAGCACUGCACUGUACUCGUCAAAGACGGCAUGGGAGUGGGUAUCUCCUGUAUGGCUCAGGACUGUUCGCUGCAGAUGCCAGAAGAUUUUGUCCUGCCGCUGCUGCCAGCAGAGGAGCUGAAGGACAAAUACAGACGCUACCUCUUCAGAGACUACGUUGAGAGUCACUUCCAGUUGCAGUUGUGUCCGGGUGCAGACUGUCCUAUUGUCAUCAAAGUGCAGGAGCCGCGGGCACGCCGGGUGCAGUGUAGUCGCUGCAGUGAAGUCUUCUGUUUCAAAUGCCGUCAGAUGUACCACGCACCCACAGACUGUGCAACAAUCCGAAAAUGGCUGACCAAAUGUGCAGAUGACUCAGAGACCGCUAACUACAUCAGCGCGCACACUAAAGAUUGUCCUAAGUGCAAUAUCUGCAUUGAGAAGAAUGGAGGGUGCAAUCACAUGCAAUGUUCCAAGUGCAAACACGACUUCUGCUGGAUGUGUCUCGGCGACUGGAAGACUCACGGCAGUGAAUACUACGAGUGCAGUCGCUACAAAGAAAACCCUGAUAUAGUCAACCAGAGCCAACAGGCUCAGGCCAGAGAGGCCCUGAAGAAAUACCUCUUCUACUUUGAGAGGUGGGAGAAUCACAACAAGUCUCUGCAGUUGGAGGCUCAGACGUACCAGAGGAUCCAGGAGAAGAUCCAGGAGAGAGUGAUGAACAACCUGGGAACCUGGAUUGAUUGGCAGUACCUGCAUAACGCUGCAAAGCUACUGGCUAAGUGUCGCUACACGCUGCAGUAUACAUACCCUUACGCCUAUUACAUGGAGUCAGGCCCACGAAAGAAACUGUUUGAGUACCAGCAGGCCCAGCUGGAAGCAGAAAUAGAAAACCUGUCGUGGAAGGUGGAGCGGGCCGACACCUACGAGAGAGGAGUGGUGGGGGAGGGGGAGCUGAGUGCUAGUGACAGAGGGGAUCUGGAGAAUCAGAUGCACAUUGCUGAGCAGAGGCGACGCACGCUGCUGAAGGAUUUUCACGACACCUGAGGCUCCAUUGGCGACUGCAAAGCACCAGCGUCUCCCAUCCCCCCCUUCCUUUUUUUCCCCUUGCCUCCUUUACCUUUGCUUCCUUCCAUGACCAUCCAUCGAUGCAGUCAGACUGAGCCCUCCUUUCGCUUCUCCACAACCGGCUCAUUUUGCUUCUUUCUUUCUGUUUCUCCCUCCUCUUACUCCCACGAUGCUGCAGGGUCACAGAAAGGCACGAUUGUAUCUCCCCUUCCCUCUUCUCAUUGUCAUCGUCGGCUCAUUUACAGGUUUUUGGCUUCGGCGCAUCAUACCGCUGCAGUUACACUUGUUGAAGCUUUUCAUAUCUGAUCGAAGAGGUCCUUGGUCAGAACGUUGUGGGUGUAUUGAUAUAUAUCACAUUAAGCAUUAAUACACCAACGUGAGCAGCUAAAAGCAUCGUGUUGCUCUACACAAUAGUGUAAAAGUUACUGAUGUCGUUCUCCAACAUUUUUUCUAUGACAGCAAAGUAAAACUGCUCACGGCAGAGAAACUUUUUUUGUAUGGAGAUGAAAUAAAAUUUCUUUAAGGAGA